UCCAUACGGACGUUUGCGUAACUGUACCGAACAGCGGACGCAUGCCGGCUGCAAACUGAACUCAAUCUCCGUUAAACUGACCAUUUGUGGUGCUGCUACGGUAACAUGGCCGGUUGCGCUUUCACGUCCAGACUGUCGCCGCUCGUGAGGGGAAGCUUUUGCGGUAAAGUGUGCUGCCCCGCCGGGCGCACGGCAGCCGUCCGUGCGUUCUCGCGCGCCGUCACCUGUACCCAGCUGCAGCGCGUGCAGGGCACCGGCGCUUUAACGGGGAAAGUGGACCGAUUCGGUGGAGUGACAGUGAACCUGGCGGACACCGGACUACCGGCGGACAUCAGCGAGAGUUCAUUCAGCGGUUUGCUGCGAGAUUCUUUAGUCCAGUGGAAAGCAGACGGGAAGGUAGCGGUGUGGCUUCGAGUUCCCAUCUCACUGAGUCGAUGUGCUGCAGCAGCUUCAGCUCACGGCUUCACCUUCCAUCACGCCAAAAACGAUCACACCGUGCUGGCUCUGUGGCUGGGAGAGGGUGAAAGCAGACUGCCGGGUUUCGCAACUCAUCAAAUUGGAGUGGCAGGUGCCGUUGUUGACGAGUCCAGUGGGAAAGUUCUCGUCGUCCAGGACAGAAACAAGACAAAGAAUGCUUGGAAGUUCCCCGGUGGUUUGUCCGAUCCAGGAGAAAAUAUUGGUGCCACUGCCGUUCGGGAAGUGUUUGAGGAAACCGGCGUCCGCUCCGAGUUCAGAUCUCUGCUCAGCAUCCGGCAGCAGCACAACCACCCCGGCGCCUUCGGCAUGUCGGACAUGUACAUCAUCUGCCGACUGAGUCCGCUCACCUACGAGAUCAACUUCUGCACUCAGGAGUGUCUGCGCUGCGAGUGGCUGGACCUCGGCGAGCUGGCCAAAACCAACGACACCACACCCAUCACCACUCGCAUCGCCAGACUCCUGCUUCACGGCCUGGAGCACGGCUUCAACAGGGUGGACCUCACCAUGGAGGAGCUUCCUGCCGUCUACUCGGGGAUGUUUUACCAGCUGUACCACCGACAGCUUCCUACAACGCUGAAAUCAUAGGACGCCAUCGAAUCGGCAUGUUAUGACUUGCUAUGCUGAAACGUGGCUGUCAGUAUUACUCAUAUUUAAAGUGUAUUAAUGACUGGACUGUUACUGCAGAAGAAAUAAGGUGCAAUAGAUUUUCAACUACAAGCAUACUGACUUUGUGGUUUCUUUACAAUCACUUUGGUACUUGCAAUUACUGCAGUUUUAUACGGUUUAUUUAACACUUUUUGGUGUCCACGGGGACUGCGAGCAGCUGAUUUGAAUUUUUUUUAAAGGUAAUGGUUCUGAAAUCAUUUGAAAUAGUGAUUGGGAACAAAUGAUGUCACCAUCAUUCUAGCUUGUUAGCCAGCUAAUCACCAGUCUUAACGCUAACAGCUACUAUAUAAAUAUCAUCAUUUAUGCAGGCUGCCUUCCUAAAUUAGCCCACUGGCUAGUUAAAAGACAAUUAAAAUCAUUCACUGAAUAUUACAUAAUUAACUUAUUAAUCUAGAGUGAAAACAGAAUAGUAAAAGAAAGAUUUUUAAAUCUGUAGAAGCAGCGCUUGGCUUUGUGUGGUUACUUUUCAUUUUGCCAAAUUAAAUUUUCUAUUACAAGAUCCAAAAUGAUUAAAUACAAUUACAGUAAUGUAGGCUUUAACACAGAUCCUCUCAUCUAGGAGACAAUUAGGUUAUACUGUUAGAAACUAAAGGUUAGUAAGCAGACUUUUGCUGUGAGGGAGGCUCUACAGAUUUAAAAAAAAAAAAAAAAGGAAAUUGUGCUUUGCUGCCAUUCAACUGAGGGGCACUUGAGCAAGGCGCCUGGCUCCAGUUGCUGCAGUGUUGACAGUAAAAUUCUGGUUUUACAGCUAGGUAUAAAUGUGCGGCACUGUUGCAAAGUAAAGCCGAAUAAUAGCAGACGUGUUCAGGAUUUGUAAAAAAAAAAAAAAAAAAAGGAACUGUUAGGAUUUAACAGUCAAGCAUCACAGCUAUUUUGGGCAAUGUUGAUGGAACACUGUCUUCAUUGCCGUCACAUCUUCUCCUUCGUCGUUUCCACUAAGACUUCAGUAUCUCUCUGUCAGCUCCCACAUUAGCACUUGGCAGACAUGGGAAGAAACAGAAUGGCCUUCUGACCCGGUCCAGUUUUGCUUCCAGACUUGUACUGGCCAGUCCGCUUCAGCGCCACGUACAUGUUUGGGUACUUCCUGGAGCGGUAGGUGUUGUAGUUGUUGCUCUCAAGUCGCUCCAAGAAGUAGCAUUCAUCUGUCGCUCGUCUCUGGAAAGAAAGACACAGGAGGAUAUUUAUUCUGACUUUCAACAGUUUUUACUUUCACUGAUUGAGGAAAAGUGUGGAGGAAAUGUAACUGUGAAGCUAAUCUGUGUUAUUGUGUGGAAUACCAUGUUUGUUUAAAUACAAAAUCACAAUAAUCCUCUCUGUUUUUGUACCUGAUUUUCAUAUCUAGUCAACAUAAGGGACACAUAGAACCUCCAGUGGCAUUUCAUCAAAUUGUUUGGAUUAACUUUGGUUGAAUUUAUUUAAUAUGUUCUGUUGGAAACUUGAGAAAUUUGUAAUGCUGUGAUUUUAUGACAUUAAAUGACCUCAUAAAACAA